AUGACGACAACCAAAUACUCCAGUAACAAUAAUAGACAAUUCCCACAAGACAGCCCUAUUCGAGCACCAGCAGCACCCCCCAGCAGCAAUUUGCCGGAUGCAUCAUCCACCUCAUCUACAUACUCCCAAGUUGUCUUCGGUGUUGACGCUUCAAGCUUUGAUGCAAUUACAAAUCUGUUACAUCAAACCCCCGAAAAUUCUCUUACGGAAUCCGAGGACCCAGAAGAUUGUAUAUCCUGUUACCUAGCCCCGGAUUCAUCUUCAUCACACGCAGAUUCCCCACCCCCGAGAGAGCCUCUCUCGCAGGAGUCUCGGUUGUCGUCUCUCUUGGUUAUACUGCUUUUGUUGCAUAUAAUUGAUUUGACUUUGCGAGAGUAG